AGUUGAGACAGGUAACUGGUAAGAGAGUGUUUAUCCAAAAAAAAAAAAACUGAUAAGAGUGAUUCCUAUCAAUAUUCAAUCAACUCAUACACACACACACACACUUACUGUGUGUCAUUGUUUUGUGUGUGUAGCUCGAUUGACUGGUAGUUUAAGUUUUUGCUUCGAAUAUUUGGUUCUCUUCUCUCUCUCUCUCUCUCUCUCUUGAAGGGAAUGGAAUUGGAGAUGGAGAUGGAGAUUGUGAUCUCCGAUUGGCCUUGGUGGGACCGCAUCAGCAACUCCACUCACUGGCAGAACGCACUUUUCUACUCUCUCUGUGCCGCUUAUGCUCUUGUCUCCUCCGUCGCUCUGACUCAGCUCAUUAGAAUUGAACUAAGAGUACCUGAAUACGGUUGGACUACACAAAAAAUUUUCCAUCUCAUGAACUUCAUUGUCAACGGAGUGCGUGCGGUAGUGUUUGGAUUUCACAGCCAAGUUUUUCUUUUACAUCCAAAGGUGUUGACUUUGGUGCUAUUAGAUCUGCCGGGACUGCUGUUUUUCUCAACGUAUACACUUCUAGUCCUUUUCUGGGCAGAAAUUUAUCAUCAGGCAAGGAGUUUACCGACUGAUAAGCUCAGGAUAGUUUACAUCUCUAUAAAUGUUGCUGUGUAUUUUAUCCAGGUUUGUAUUUGGAUUUACCUCUGGAUAGAUGACAAUAGUGUUGUGGAGUUCAUUGGGAAGAUAUUUAUUGCAGCUGUGUCAUUUAUGGCUGCAUUAGGCUUCUUGAUAUAUGGAGGAAGAUUAUUUUUCAUGCUGAGGCGUUUCCCAAUCGAAUCAAAGGGGAGAAGGAAGAAGCUUCAUGAGGUUGGAUCUGUCACAGCCAUCUGUUUCUCCUGUUUUCUGAUAAGAUGCUUGAUGGUGUUUAUAUCUGCAUUUGAUUCAGAUGCAUCUCUUGAUGUUUUGGAUCAUCCUAUUUUGGACUUAAUCUACUACAUGCUGGUUGAGAUCCUGCCUUCAGCUUUAGUGCUCUUCAUCCUGCGCAAAUUGCCUCCAAAGAGAAUAUCAGCUCAAUACCACCCUAUCCGUUAACUGUAGUGCAUCUUGGAUCUUAAUAUAUUAAUGUUAUAGCCAUGUAAGUAAAAGGGAGGUUAAGGGGUGUUGACUGAGAGGAGUAAGCAAAUAGAAAAUUUCUAUGUAGUUUUGAGAUGUUGUAGUGUUGCCGGCUAUUUCCAAAGUUCCUUUUGCACAUUUUUAGGAUUAAAACGUACGUGCAAUGAUGCACCCAUUCUUUUUCCUCCUUCAACAUUGCUUAGGAUUAAAACGAAAAGGCUGAGGUUGAAGCUUAAUUUGUGCCUCGUUUGAUUGAGAUGUUGUAAAUU